AUGACACUCGAUUUUAGAGAAAAAUGCCAGCACCAAACCCCAAAGAUGCUUCAAAACAAAUGGGUGAUUUAUGUUAUGGUGUCUGUAAGUACCAUGUUGGAUUUGCUCAGUGUUUCUUCGUUGUUAGUUUCUACAAAAUUUAUCCACCAGCAUUAUGGGAUCUCUCCCACCGUAGCUUCAUGGACCUUGUCAGCAUACGCGGUAACGUUUUCCGGAUUCAUUGCGUUUCAGGGAAGAGUUGGGGACAUCAUUGGCCAUGAUCAACAAUUUAUCUUGAAUUCUUUUUUCUUUGGCAUUGCAUCGUUAAUCUGUGGUAUAGUUGACAAUAUUUACGUUUAUAUUGUCUUCAGAGCGAUACAAGGGAUUGGGGCCGCAGGAUUGAUACCGUCAAAUUACGCCAUUACUGCUAAUUUGUUCCAAGGAAAGCAAUUAAACGCCACAUUAGCAGGGUUAACUUGUAUUAUUUCAACAAGCACUGCAUUAGGAUUGUUAAUUGGUGGGGCUUUUUUGAAAACCUCUCUUAAUCAACAUGGGAUAGCCUAUGUGACGUUUGGAAUAUCGUUGAUAUUGGGAAUCAUUGCAUUUUUCAACUUCCCAAAGAUAACACCAAGCAAGGAUAAAUUGAAGAAUUUGGAUUAUAUGGGGUCUGUAAUUCUUAUUAGUGGGUUGCUAUUGAUCAUUGUUGGAUUCACUGAAGGGGGAGAAAGCUGGAAAUCGCCAAAAUCAUAUGCAACAUUGAUUGUGGGGUUUAUGCUUGUGGGAUGCUUCUUUAUUUUUGAAGGUUAUGUGGCAGGAAAAUAUUUCGCACAAACUCAUUUAUUAAUCCCGCCAUCGGUUUGGAAAAUCCCUAACUUUUGCCCUCUUGUGAUAAUCUCAAUCUUAAAUUUCAGCGGGUACUUUGGCAUCAUGUUUAUCAAUACUUCGUACUCUUUGAAUAUUGACGAAGUCUCCCCACUUAUGGCGGGUGUCCGAUACUUGCCAUUUAUUGUGGUGAUGAUCGCCUCAACAUACGGAUUAUCUGUUGUGUAUGGGAAAUUUUCCGAAAAAUGGAUAUCUACGCUUGGAUUUCUCAUUGGCACUGGAGGUCUUAUCCUAUUCUCAAGAAUGGACUACAAAAUUCAUGAUUAUUAUUGGAAAUUCUCCUUCACCGGGCAAGUGGUGCUAUCAUUCGGUAGCUGUUUGUACUUUGUGCAUUAUUUAAAUAUGAUCAUCACUGCCACCCCGUUGGAAGUUCAAGGUAUUGUCAGUGGCAUAGCACAGACGUUUGCUCAGUUCGGUGUUGCGUUAUCAUUUGCAGUAAUAACUUCAAUAAUUGGUGAUGAUGUUACAGACAAACAGUCCUUGAGUGAUAAGUAUCAGUAUGGAAGUUAUUUUUGCGUGGCCUGCUAUGCAUUGGGUACCAUAUUUUUGAUAUUUUUUGUUCAUGAUGUUAAGAAGGAAGAUAGAAUUGAUAUUCAUGCCGGGAAAGAUGAUGAGAAAAGUUCAGUGGAAGAAAGCAAAGUUUAA